CUCUCUCCCGCGUUCGAAUCUGGUACUGCUACUCACGAAUGCGCGUUUUACUCCCUGCGAGCCUUACGCCAUUCGGUUGAAGCUGAUUCAAGUGAUAACUGCGGCUCUCUUCGCAGAAAAAACCUUACUCACUCUUCUGCCUAAGCUUUCAGGCUGUCCAGUAACUCUCCACUACUCCCUGAAAAAAGAAUAAGACCAGCUCGUCUAGAAACUAAAAUUCCAAUUUCAUUACGCGCGGAAGUGUCGGCGAGUGAUUCUUGGUGCUGAGGUGAGUGAGCUUCUGUCUACGAGGAAAAAUGGGACAGCUUCUGUCGACCCGAGCAGGAACUGUGGUUGAAAUGCCUGGCUGGGACGUGGAAGGUGCGGCCGAAAAGAUAUACAAGGCCUGCAAGGGGCUUGGGACGACCGAGGCUGAUAUUACUGAGGUCGUGUGCUCCAUCAGCAAUGCCCAGCGACAAACCCUGCGGGAAAAAUAUUUGGCCAUGUAUGGCGAGGACUUGAUGGAUCGCUUGAAGUCUGAGCUGAAGAGCCGCUAUCAAGACGUGAUUAUUGGGCUGAUGACUCCGCCUGACGAAUACUUGGCUGAUUGGCUUCAGUGGGCUAUGAAGGGUGCCGGGACGGAGGAAGAUACCUUGAUUGAGAUUCUCUGCUGUCGCACUAACGAAGAACUGGAACGAGUCAAAAACGCUUACAAGGCCAAAUGUGAGCGUGACUUGGAGGAGGACAUCGAGUCGGAACUCACGGGCGAAUUCCAGCGACUGGUUCGUGCUGUGCUGGCAUGCGGUCGUGACGAAUCUGGAACCGUCGACAAGGACCUGGCUAAGUCCGACGCGCAGGAAUUGCUUGACGCCGGCGCGAAUCAAUGGGGCACGGACGAGUCCAAGUUCAACGCCAUCUUGUGCACCCGUUCUUAUCCGCAUUUGCGACAAGUGUUCCGUUACUACAACGAGAUAAGUGGCACUGACAUCACGGAAGCCAUUGACGCCGAGUUCACUGGCCAUGCUCAGGCUGGCAUGUUAGCCAUCGUUUUUAGCAUGCAAAAGAAAAAAAACAAGAUGCUAGUCUUGAAUGUUGGAUCUAAUGAAGAUCUACCGUGGAAGAGAGUUGGAAGUAAAUUCUGA